GACAUCGUUUAGUAGUAGUCACAAAGUAAUCGGUGUUAUGUAAUAUCGUCAUAACGUUUUAUUCUGUCCAAUAGAAAAAUUGUUUUCCAGUUAUCGACUAUAUAAGCUGCAUAAUCAUCAAAAUUUCAUCAUUCUGUGUCUGAGUAUAGUUCAAGGCAGUCGUCAGCUAAAAGCACAAUCAUGAGCGGAAGAGGUAAAGCAGGCAAAUCGAAGGGAGGUAAAUCCAAGACCAGGUCGUCCCGUGCCGGACUCCAGUUCCCAGUCGGUCGUAUCCAUCGUCUGUUGAGAAAAGGAAACUACGCCGAACGCGUCGGAGCCGGAGCACCCGUAUACCUGGCCGCCGUCAUGGAAUACUUGGCAGCCGAAGUUUUGGAAUUGGCCGGUAACGCUGCCCGUGACAACAAAAAAUCUCGUAUCAUCCCCAGGCAUUUGCAAUUGGCCAUCAGAAAUGACGAAGAACUCAACAAACUGUUGUCCGGUGUUACAAUCGCUCAAGGCGGUGUGUUGCCCAACAUCCAAGCCGUUCUUUUGCCCAAAAAGACUGAAAAAAAAGUCUAAUAAUACCUUCUACCAAAAUAUUCUACUAAAAAGGGCCCUUUUCAG